GAAAAACAAGAAAAAAAAAAUAUUCUGAACCAAUGGACUGCAGACACAGUACAAGGGAUGACCAGAGACUGCGAACACAGUACAGGAGAUGACCAGAGACUGCGGACACAGUACAGGAGAUGACCAGAGACUGCGACACAGUGCAGGAGAUGACCAGAGACUGCGGACCUUUGGGGAGGGAGGGGGAGCGGGUACCUGAAUUUGACAGUUACCCGCUCCCACUCCCGCAGAGUUGUCCUUCCCUCUUCUUCCCGGGCCAGCUUCUGUGACAGCCGGGUGCCCACUGCGCAUGUGCGAGAAGCGCUGCGCUUUGUGAAUGGCCCGGCGCCUUCUGGG